CUUCAAGAGACAUCCUACUGUGUUUUUCGGCCAUAUCAUGCCAUAUCUAAGUGGCUCGGAUAGGUGACCCGGUCUAUCCUAUGCGCUAGUCGCAGGUCGCGGAGUCAACUCCGUUGGCUCCACUGCGCUGCGCCAUGCAAGCGCUAACACGGACUCCCAGAUACAAAUCACACCUCAACUUCUUCCCUCAUCGUUUUGCUUCUGUAUACUAAAAUGUGGCAGUACGUAUUUGCGGCCGUGGUGUUGUACGCAGGAUGGAGCUGUGUAACACUCCAAAUCAAUCACAAACGUGCAUCAUCCAUGGGCAUACCGCUAGUGCGCGUACCUGUUGAUGGCCUCAAUGUUCCAUGGCAGGUGCUUGGUGCACUGAUGUUCAAGAUUCUCGAUGGUUUGACCUCGCAUACUUUGCCGACUUUCAUUCACUACACUCGAAGGGGCUGGUUCUGGAAGGACAAAGCGGCAUCGCAUCUUCGCUACGGACCAGUGUGGGCAACAGUCACCCCAAAAAGUACAUGGGUGCAGCUCGGCGACCCUGAUGCGGUUUACGAACUGUUCUCACGGAAACAAGAUUUCAUCAGACCUCAUGAGAAUUACAAGCCGUUAGGGCUGUAUGGGCCCAACAUCCUCACAGUCAAUGCGCAGCAAUGGCCACGCCAUAGGAAACUCGUCGCUUCGCCGUUCAACGAGAGCAUCAUGAAGUUCGUGUGGAAAGAAUCCACUAGGCAAGCAACGCAGAUGAUAGCUUCUUGGGCAGACUUGGGGACCUCCAGCAUCGCAGAGGACACACGCACAGUCUCGCUGAACGUGCUCGCUGCUACCGGCUUUCGAAAGUCGUUUGACUUCCAAUCAGAGAGCAGCCAUAGAGCGAGGACUGGUACGCCGGCUGCCUCCACCUACCGCGAUGCAUUGUGCAAAGUACUUGAUAACAUCAUCCUCUUGCUGAUAUUUCCUACUCGGAUUCUGUCGCUAUCAUUCCUACCUUGCUCCUUCAAAUCCAUUGGUGAAGCGGCGGUAGACUACAGAAAGCAUAUGGAGCUUAUGUUGCAAGAGGAAACGGCUGCGGUAGAAAGAGGCGAGCAAGGUUCGGGGAGUCUUAUGACUUCAUUCGUGAAGGCUUUGAAGGCGGGUGAAAUCGCAGCCAGUGACCUGCAGACAUCACGAGGUCUGUCCGUCGACGAGGUUAUCGGGAAUGUCUUCAUCAUUAACUUCGCUGGUCAUGACACGACCGCUAACACGCUCGCAUUUGCACUCUGCCUGCUUGCGUCAGAGCCAGAGAUACAACGAUGGCUGGCAGAAGAACUUGAUGCGGUCACGAAAGACGAUGACAGCUGGGACUACGAACGCUUGUACCCCAGCCUGAUGCGCUGUCGAGCAAUCUUAUACGAAACAUUGCGCAUGUAUCCGCCUGUUAUGGCGCUGCCAAAGCAUACAUCUUCUACACCGCAACGACUACAAGUCGGUGAUCGUGAGAUCGUGAUACCCGCCAACGUGCACGUUCAACCAAGUCUCUUGGCACUCCACAUGCACCCAAAGUACUGGGUUCAGCCCGAAAAAUGGAACCCUCAGCGGUGGAUUACUCGCGCGUCUGGCGAUAGUGCCGAUCAGGGUGAGGCGCUUGUCAAGCCAAGAAGAGGCACGUACUUCCCCUGGUCAGAGGGACCAAUGAACUGCCCAGGGCGCAAGUUCUCAGAAGUCGAGUUCACAGCGGUGAUCGCUUGCUUGAUGAGAACGCACCGACUCAGCAUUGUCAAAGAAUUAGGAGAGAGCGAGCAGCAGUCGCAGCAACGAACUUAUAAGGUCGUGAACGAUUGUGACGACCAAAUGUUACUCAAGAUGCGAGCCCCUGAAAGGGUCAGGCUGAGAUGCGAACAGAGGAUUUGAAUGCAAGGCUUCAGGCGUUUGAGGCUUCAUUAUUCGGGCCGUUGAGGUCAGUUCGUCCUGGGAAACGGCUUAUCCAAACAUCUUCUCCGCCUUCAAUUUGUUU